CCAGUCCUCAUCUAUUUUCCCUUCCCAAACCUUGACUAUCCCUGCACUGCCUGCUCCCUCUGACCCUUCGCCCCCUACUCCCAGCACCCCGCAGGAACAAAGCAGCCCUGCUGCUUCUGUCCCAGAUCACAGCCCGCCCUAUGACAGCCCCUCCCCCUGCACCAUAACCGACAGCCUGUCAGUCCCCUCCAACCAUCCCCCAUCUUCGGUUGCGCCUACUACCACGGUUCCUCAGAGUUCUCCCGUUGUGAAUCUUCAUCCAAUGCAAACCCGCUCCAAGUCCGGGAUUUUUAAACCCAAAACCAUUUUUAAUUUAAGCACAGUUGUUCACACACCUGAUCCCACUUGUUUUUCUGUUGCAAAUAAACAUUUUAAGUGGAGAGCUGCUAUGGAAGAAAAAUUUAAUGCUCUUAUCUCUAAUCAUAAUUGGGAUUUAGUUCCAUUUGAUGCUGAUAAUAAUGUGGUUGGGUCUAAAUGGAUUUAUAAGACUAAGUAUCUGCCUGAUGGGUCUGUUGAUCGAUAUAAGGCUCGCUUGGUUGCACAGGGGUUUAAUCAGCAGGCAGGUAUUGAUUUUACUGAGACUUUUAGCCCUGUUGUUAAACUCACUACUGUUCGUAUUGUUCUUACCUUAGCAGUAUCGUUUGGUUGGCCCAUCCGUCAACUAGACGUCAAAAAUGCUUUUCUUCAUGGUCACCUUACGGAGGAGGUAUAUAUGCAUCAGCCACCAGGUUUUGUUCAUCCCCAGUUUCCUCAUCAGUUGUGUCGUCUUCAUAAAGCUAUUUAUGGUCUUAAACAGACACCACGUGCUUGGUUUCAUCGCUUUAGUAACUUUCUUCUUUCUCAUGGGUUUGCAUGCAGCCGGUCAGAUAAUUCUCUUUUUAUGUUUCGACGUCAGUCUGAUAUUAUUUAUCUUCUGUUAUAUGUUGAUGAUAUUAUAGUCACAGGCAAUUCCUCGAAACUCGUUUCUCAUUUUUUAUCCCUUCUUGCUAAAUGUUAUGCCAUGAAGGAUUUGGCGGAUUUGCAUUUUUUCCUGGGUAUUCAUGCGACUCGGACUUCGUCCCGUUUAUUUCUUUCCCAGAAUAAGUACAUAUCUGAUCUACUUCUUCGUUUUCACUUCCAUACCUUAAAACCUGUUCGCUCUCCUCUUCCGAGUCGCACCAAACUCUCUCUCACUGAUGGGGAGCUUCUUGCAGAUGCCACGGAGUACAUGAGUAUGGUAUCUACAGGGCACCUCCACGCAUGGACUUUUUCUACAGGCCUCUUGUGUUCGCCCAGCUCUUAUUGCUUAUUCAGACGUUGACUGGGCUGGAUGCCCUGAUACUGGUCGUUCUACUUCAGGCUAUGCUAUUUUUCUAGGACCUAAUCUCAUUUCCUGGCGUUCCAAGAAGCAGGCUACUGUUUCCAGAUCUUCCACUGAGGCUGAAUAUCGAGCUGUUGCAUUCAUCAUUCAGGAUACUCUUCAUGUUCGCUCAGUGUUUUUUGAGUUGGGAUUCCCCAUUCGUGACCCUACUAUGCUUUACUGUGAUACUAUUUCUGCAUCAUAUCUUUCAGUUAAUUCGAUUCAUCAUGCGCGCAGUAAACAUAUUAAUAUAGACUAUCAUUUUGUUCGUGAACGGGUGACUCAUAGAGAUCUGCGUGUGAAAUAUGUUCCUACUCAGGCUCAGCUGGUAGAUAUUUUUACUAAGUGUUUGUCUCCCCAACAAUUUGUUCUUCUUCGUGACAAUCUGCGCAUUGUUCCACCUGCACAGCUUGAGGGGGUGUAAUAGAGUAGAUUUUUUAUUUAUUUAUUGUUGGGGACUCUUAUUGUAAUUAUGACAUUUAUUCUCUUUAUAUAUAUCUGUCAGGGC